CUGGCUCCACCAUGGAGACCUAGUUUGCAAGCCUGACCUUCUGGAGCAAUAGAAGCCAAAAGAUGGGUCUUAGCAUGGUAGAUACUGAAGUCAGAGAAAGGAUUCCUGCUUCCCAUCCCUCAAAGUGGGGAGAGUGCAGAGCCAGCAACCCCUGGCCCUGGAAUCUAGUCUGGAGCUCAUGCCUCCAUAACAGGUUCUGAGUCCUUGCCUGCACCCACCCCCCGCCUUCUUCCUCCCUUUUUAUUUGCAGCCCCUCAUUGCCUUGUCCCAGGAGGAAGGUAGAAGCUGGGGGGGGUGGCCCCCUCCCCCAGCCCUGGCAGGAGGAGGGGUCCCCAGGGAGGCCAGGAGGGGGGGCUGUGGGUCUCCCGGCAGGGACGGACGGGGACUGAAUGUUAAUCGCAUCCCAAGUGAGUGUGUGUGUGCGAGAACAGCGAGUGUGCGAGUCCCUCCCGCUCGGCUCCUCCAAGCCGCGGCCGCCGCCGCCGCCACCCUCCGCCCGCAGCCUCCUUCGGCCACCGGUGCCCAGCUAGGGGGUGUCGGCCUGGGUGGGUCCGCCCGGCCCCCAGGGGUCUCUCGUGUGACUGCCAUCUGCCCGCGCAACAUGUGUAGCCUCGUCCUCGCUUAGUCCGGGUGGCCGCAACCUUGGGGGACAGACAGAGCAGGUCAGGACCAAGGAAGAGGAGGGAGAGACGGAGCCAGGCACAGGCAAGAGGUCCCCACCACCGCAGCUACUGCCACCGCCGCUGCUGUUGCUGCCGCCGCCCCUGGGCCUGACCCCCCCACACACCCCAUCGGCUCCCUGAGCCCUGCGCGGAAUCUUCGGGUCGCUGGACGCCGGUUCCGGUCCUGGCACCCCCGCAAUUCCCCCAACAGAACAGGGUCAUGAAAAGAGGCCGCCCGGCGGGGCCCGCAGGCGAUGCGCGGCGCCGGUGGCCCCCGCGGCCCUCGGGGCCCCGCUAAGAUGCUGCUGCUGUUGGCGCUGGCCUGCGCCAGCCCGUUCCCGGAGGAGGCGCCGGGGCCGGGCGGGGCCAGCGGGCCCGGCGGGGGCCUCGGCGGGGCGCGGCCGCUCAACGUGGCGCUCGUGUUCUCGGGGCCCGCGUACGCUGCCGAGGCGGCACGCCUGGGCCCCGCCGUGGCGGCGGCUGUGCGCAGCCCGGGCCUGGACGUGCGACCGGUGGCGCUGGUGCUCAACGGCUCAGACCCGCGCAGCCUCGUGCUGCAGCUCUGCGACCUGCUGUCGGGGCUGCGCGUGCACGGCGUUGUCUUCGAGGACGACUCGCGCGCGCCCGCCGUCGCGCCCAUCCUGGACUUCCUGUCAGCCCAGACCUCGCUGCCCAUCGUGGCCGUGCACGGCGGCGCCGCGCUCGUGCUCACGCCCAAGGAGAAGGGCUCUACCUUCCUGCAGCUGGGCUCCUCCACCGAGCAGCAGCUUCAGGUCAUCUUUGAGGUGCUGGAGGAGUAUGACUGGACGUCCUUUGUAGCGGUGACCACCCGUGCCCCAGGCCACCGGGCCUUCCUGUCCUACAUCGAGGUGCUGACUGACGGCAGCCUGGUGGGCUGGGAGCAUCGUGGGGCCCUGACCCUUGACCCUGGGGCAGGCGAGGCUGUCCUGGGCGCCCAGCUCCGUAGCGUCAGCGCACAGAUCCGCCUGCUCUUCUGCGCCCGUGAGGAGGCUGAACCUGUGUUCCGGGCAGCUGAGGAGGCCGGCCUCACUGGGCCUGGCUAUGUCUGGUUCAUGGUGGGACCCCAGCUGGCUGGAGGUGGGGGCUCUGGAGUCCCUGGGGAGCCCCUUCUUCUGCCAGGAGGCGCCCCACUUCCCGCGGGGCUGUUUGCAGUGCGCUCUGCUGGCUGGCGUGAUGACUUGGCCAGGCGUGUGGCGGCUGGUGUGGCUGUAGUGGCCAGAGGUGCCCAGGCCCUGCUGCGUGACUACGGCUUCCUGCCAGAGCUGGGCCAUGACUGUCGCGCCCAGAACCGUACCCACCGCGGGGAGAGUCUGCAUAGGUACUUCAUGAACAUUACCUGGGAUAACCGGGAUUACUCUUUCAAUGAGGAUGGCUUCCUGGUGAACCCCUCCCUUGUGGUCAUCUCCCUCACCAGAGACAGGACUUGGGAGGUGGUGGGCAGCUGGGAGCAGCAGACUCUCCGUCUCAAGUAUCCCCUCUGGUCCCGCUAUGGCCGCUUCCUGCAGCCAGUGGAUGACACACAGCACCUCACGGUGGCUACGCUGGAGGAGAGACCCUUUGUCAUUGUGGAACCCGCCGACCCCAUCAGUGGCACUUGCAUCAGAGACUCUGUCCCCUGCAGAAGCCAGCUCAACCGAACCCACAGUCCUCCACCGGACGCCCCCCGCCCGGAAAAGCGAUGCUGCAAGGGCUUCUGCAUCGACAUUUUGAAGAGGCUGGCGCACACCAUAGGCUUCAGCUACGACCUCUACCUGGUCACUAACGGCAAGCACGGGAAGAAGAUCGACGGCGUCUGGAACGGCAUGAUCGGCGAGGUGUUCUACCAGCGCGCAGACAUGGCCAUCGGCUCCCUCACCAUCAACGAGGAACGCUCCGAGAUCGUGGACUUCUCCGUCCCUUUCGUGGAGACUGGCAUCAGCGUCAUGGUGGCGCGAAGCAAUGGCACUGUGUCCCCCUCUGCCUUCCUAGAGCCCUACAGCCCUGCUGUGUGGGUGAUGAUGUUCGUCAUGUGCCUCACUGUGGUCGCUGUCACCGUUUUCAUCUUUGAGUACCUCAGUCCCGUAGGCUACAACCGCAGCCUGGCCACGGGCAAGCGCCCUGGUGGCUCAACCUUCACCAUUGGGAAAUCCAUCUGGCUGCUCUGGGCUCUCGUGUUCAAUAACUCGGUGCCCGUGGAGAACCCCCGGGGAACCACCAGCAAAAUCAUGGUGCUGGUGUGGGCCUUCUUUGCCGUCAUCUUCCUCGCCAGCUACACAGCCAACCUGGCCGCCUUCAUGAUCCAGGAGGAAUACGUGGACACUGUGUCUGGGCUCAGUGACCGCAAGUUCCAGCGGCCCCAAGAGCAGUACCCGCCCCUGAAGUUUGGGACGGUGCCCAACGGGUCCACGGAGAAGAAUAUCCGCAGCAACUACCCCGACAUGCACAGCUACAUGGUGCGCUACAACCAGCCCCGCGUGGAGGAAGCACUCACGCAGCUCAAGGCAGGGAAGCUGGAUGCUUUCAUCUAUGAUGCUGCAGUGCUCAACUACAUGGCCCGAAAGGAUGAGGGCUGCAAGCUUGUCACCAUUGGCUCCGGCAAGGUCUUCGCCACCACAGGCUAUGGCAUCGCCCUGCACAAGGGCUCCCGCUGGAAGCGGCCCAUCGACCUGGCACUGCUGCAGUUCCUGGGGGACGAUGAGAUCGAGAUGCUGGAGAGGCUGUGGCUCUCUGGGAUCUGCCACAAUGACAAAAUCGAGGUGAUGAGCAGUAAGCUGGAUAUCGACAACAUGGCAGGUGUCUUCUACAUGCUCUUGGUGGCCAUGGGCCUCUCCCUGCUGGUCUUCGCCUGGGAACACCUGGUGUACUGGCGCCUGCGGCAUUGUCUGGGGCCCACCCACCGCAUGGACUUCCUGUUGGCCUUCUCCAGGGGCAUGUACAGCUGCUGCAGCGCCGAGGCCGCUCCGCCGCCAGCCAAGCCCCCGCCGCCGCCUCAACCUCUGCCCAGUCCCGCGUACCCCACUGCGCGGCAGGCGCCCGGCCCUGCACCAUUCGUGCCCCGCGAGCGCGCUGCCGUGGACCGCUGGCGCCGGGCCAAGGGCGCGGGGCCGCCGGGGGGCGUGGGCCUGGCCGACGGCUUCCACCGUUACUACGGCCCCAUCGAACCACAGGGCCUGGGCUUGGGCGAGGCGCGCUCGGCGCCCCGGGGUGCGGCCGGGCGCCCGAUGUCCCCUCCAGCUGCGCAACCACCACAGAAGCCGCCGCCUUCCUACUUUGCCAUCGUGCGCGACAAGGAACCGGCCGAGCCUCCCGCGGGCUCCUUCCCUGGUUUCCCGUCGCCGCCCGCGCCCCCGGCCGCCGCGGCCACCGGCGUCGGGCCACCGCUCUGCCGCCUAGCCUUCGAGGACGAGAGCCCGCCGGCGCCCGCGCGCUGGCCGCGUUCCGACCCCGAGAGCCAGCCGCUGCUGGGACCCGGAGCCGGCGGCGCAGGGGGAGCGGGGGGCGCGGGCGGCGGAGCUCCACCCGCCCCGCCCCCGUGUCGCGCCGCGCCACCCCCCUGCCCUUACCUAGACCUCGAGCCGUCGCCGUCGGACUCGGAGGACUCGGAGAGCCUGGGCGGUGCAUCGCUGGGCGGCUUGGAGCCCUGGUGGUUCGCCGACUUCCCUUACCCCUACGCCGAACGUCUGGGGCCGCCACCGGGCCGCUACUGGUCGGUCGACAAGCUUGGGGGCUGGCGUGCCGGCAGCUGGGACUACCUGCCCCCGCGCAGCGGUCCAGCCGCCUGGCACUGUCGCCACUGCGCCAGCCUGGAGCUGCUGCCGCCGCCCCGCCAUCUCAGCUGCUCGCACGACGGCCUGGACGGCGGUUGGUGGGCUCCGCCACCCCCGCCUUGGGCCGCUGGGCCCCCGCCCCGGCGCCGGGCCCGCUGUGGAUGCCCACGGCCUCAUCCUCACCGCCCGCGGGCCUCGCACCGCGCACCAGCCGCUCCUGCGCCACAUCACCACCGGCACCGGCGCACCGCGGGGGGCUGGGACCUCCCGCCACCUGCGCCCACCUCGCGCUCGCUGGAGGACCUCAGUUCCUGUCCCCGCGCCGCCCCUGCACGCAGGCUCACCGGGCCCUCCCGCCACGCGCGUCGGUGCCCGCACGCCGCGCACUGGGGGCCGCCGCUGCCCGCCGCGCCCCACCGGAGACACCGGGGCGGGGAUCUGGGUACCCGCAGGGGCUCGGCGCACUUCUCCAGCCUCGAGUCCGAAGUAUGACGCGGCCCAGGGGGCCCUAAUGCCCCCUCGGUCAGCGCAGGCCACGGCCCGAGGGGGCGCGCAAGAGACAGGACCCGCGUGGGUUGGGAAGGAAAAAAUGGAACUGGCCGGACCCCGCCUGGAGCAGCGUCCUGCGUCCCCUCGCAUUGGGGGAAC